AUGCCUGUACAGGGUACAGAAACUCGACCGGAAAUAGCUCGUUUACCAACUCAGCAAAUUUCUUCUCAAGAUCGUUAUGAACCACCAGAUAAUUUUUUAGAAAUUGAGGUUGCAAAUCCAAUAACUCAUGGUCUAUCUGGUAAUCGCUAUACUGAUUAUGAAAUUCGCAUGAAAACUAAUUUACCUGUAUUUCGUUUAAAAGAAUGUUCUGUACGUCGUCGUUAUUCGGAUUUUGACUGGUUACGUAAAGAACUUGAACGCGAUAGCAAAAUUCUCGUUCCACCAUUACCUGGCAAAGCAUGGGAACGACAGAUACCUGCAUUUCUUCGUAAUAAUGAUGGUAUAUUUGAUGAUGAUUUUAUUGAAGAUAGACGUAAAGGACUUGAAGAGUUUAUUAAUAAAAUUGCUGGUCAUCCAUUAGCACAAAAUGAACGUGCACUUCAUGUUUUUCUUCAAGAAGAAAAAAUUGAUCCUGAAACAUAUUCACCAGGCAAAGUACGCAAUGGAUAA